AUGGUUCUUGUUGCUAUAACAGCUGCUUUUGCUGCAGUAAUUAUCGGGUAUGAUGCGGGUUUCAUUGGUGGAACUGUUGCUCUUGCUUCCUUUCAAGAAGAAUUUGGAAUUGAUAAAAUGACUGCUGAAAAGGCAUCUCUUAUUUCUGCUAAUAUUGUAUCUGUAUUUCAAGCAGGUGCAUUUUGGGGAGCAAUUUUCUUUUAUCCUGUUGGUGAAUUAAUAGGUAGAAAAGUAGGUUUAAUUAUUUCCGGAUUUUUCUUAGUAUUGGGGGCAGGUAUCUCCUUAGAAUCUAGUUCUUCUCAUCAUUUAGCAUCCAUCUAUGCUGGUAGAGUCUUAACUGGUAUUGGAGUGGGUGGUUGUUCUGGUCUUGCUCCAAUUUAUAUUUCCGAGAGUUCUCCAACAUUGAUUAGAGGAAAAUUGGUUGGAAUGUGGGAAAUUUCAUGGCAAGUUGGUGGAGUUGUUGGUUAUUGGAUUAAUUAUGGAGUUUUACAACAUAUCCCUUCAACAAGAGCUAAACAAUGGUUGAUUCCAUUUGCAAUUCAAUUGGUUCCUUCUGGUUUAUUCUUUUUUGGUACUUUCUUCAUUCCUGAAUCCCCUCGUUAUCUUGUAUUCAGAAAUAAAUUAGAUAAAGCAAAGACUAAUUUAUCAUUUUUGAGAAAUUUACCAGAAGAUGACCCUUAUCUUAAUCAUGAAUUUGGUAAUAUUGUUAGAGAUAUUGAAGUUCAUAAAGCAAAACUUGGAUCUGAUUCAUUCUUUGCACCAUUUAGAAAAGUGUUUUUCCAAAAGAAAAUUGUUGUUCGUUUACUUUUAUCGACUUCAUUAUUCGUAAUGCAGAAUGGUAGUGGUAUCAAUGCUAUUACUUAUUAUUCUCCAACUGUUUUUAAAUCUUUUGGUCUUGAUGGUACAAAUGCAGGUUUACAAUCUACUGGUAUUUUUGGUUUAUUGAAAGCUUUUGCGUCCUUGGUUUGGUUAUUUUACAUUGUUGAAAGGUUUGGCCGUAAAACAGCUUUGGUUUGGUGUUCACUUCCAUGUUCUAUCUGUAUGUGGUACAUUGGUGCUUACAUUAAAAUUGAUAAUCCGGCUGCAAGAGUUGCUGCAGGUGAUAUAAAACAAAACGCUGGUGGUAGAGCUGCUCAAGCAAUGCUUUAUAUUUGGACAAUCUUUUACGGUAUUAGUUGGAAUGGUACUCCAUGGGUCAUUAAUUCAGAAAUAUUCAGCCAAGAAAUAAGGACUUUAACUCAAGCAAUUAAUGCUUGUUCCAAUUGGUUCUGGGCUUUCGUAAUGGGAAGAUGGUCUGGUCAAGCUCUUAAUGCCAUUGGUUACAAGUUCUAUUUUAUUUUUGCUACUUGUAUGGUGGUUUUCCCUGUAAUUGUUUUCUUUUUGUAUCCUGAAACUAAGGGAGUCCCAUUAGAAGCUAUUGAUCACUUAUUCUUUAAGGUUCCUGCUUGGAAAUCAAGAGAAUAUGCUUUGGAACAAUAUAGAAUUGAAUAUGAAUCAAAAUUGGCUGAUUCAGCUGCUGCUCUUUUAUCUGGUAAAGAAAUUGAUAACGAAAAGUAUACUAUCAGUGAAGAAUCAGAUGUAGGAGUAGUUGAUAAAGGUCAAUAG